AUGGCUGGCCGAGGCUCUGUGGUCUCACCGACAGCACGUCAUGACUGUGACUCUGUGAAGGAACCCCCCCGGGUGAGUCCCCGCUUCCUGCGCCCCUGGCACCCUCCGGCCAUCUCAGCCAGGAUGCCCACGAGGCGCUGGGCCCCCGGGACCCAAUGCAUCACCAAGUAUGAACACACGCGUCCCAAGCCGGGAGAGCUGGCCUUCCGCAAGGGCGAUGUGGUCACCAUCCUGGAGGCCUGUGAGAGCAAGAGCUGGUACCGUGCCAAGCACCACGCCAGCGGGCAGGAGGGGCUGCUGGCGGCAGGCGCCCUACGCGAGCGUGAAGCCCUCUCAACUGACCCCAAGCUCAGCCUCAUGCCGUGGUUCCACGGGAAGAUCUCCGGCCAGGAGGCGGUGCAGCAGCUGCAGCCGCCAGAGGACGGGCUUUUCCUGGUGCGCGAGUCAGCGCGCCACCCAGGGGACUACGUGCUGUGCGUGAGCUUCGGCCGUGACGUCAUCCACUACCGCGUGCUGCACCGCGAUGGCCACCUCACCAUCGACGAGGUGGUUUGUUUCUGCAACCUCAUGGACAUGGUCGAGCAUUACAGCAAGGAGAAGGGAGCCAUUUGCACAAAGCUCGUCACCCCAAAGCGGAAGCAGGGCACCAAGUCUGCGGAGGAGGAGCUGGCCAAGGCCGGGUGGUUACUGAACCUGCAGCACUUGACCUUGGGAGCCCAGAUCGGAGAGGGGGAGUUUGGAGCCGUCCUGCAGGGGGAGUACCUGGGACAGAAGGUGGCUGUGAAGAACAUCAAGUGUGAUGUGACGGCCCAGGCCUUCCUGGACGAGACGGCGGUCAUGACGAAGGUGCAGCACAAGAACCUGGUGCGGCUCCUGGGCGUGAUCCUGCACCAGGGGCUCUAUAUCGUCAUGGAGCACGUGAGCAAGGGCAACCUGGUGAACUUCCUGCGGACGCGGGGCCGCGCCCUCGUGAACACCGCCCAGCUCCUGCAGUUUUCGCUGCACGUGGCCGAGGGCAUGGAGUACCUGGAGAGUAAGAAACUAGUGCACCGCGACCUCGCCGCGCGCAACAUUCUGGUGUCUGAGGAUUUGGUGGCCAAGGUCAGCGACUUCGGCCUGGCCAAGGCCGAGCGGAAGGGCCUGGACUCCAGCAGGUUGCCCGUCAAGUGGACGGCGCCCGAGGCUCUGAAGCACGGGAAGUUCUCCAGUAAGUCGGAUGUUUGGAGUUUCGGGGUCCUGCUGUGGGAGGUCUUCUCAUACGGCCGAGCUCCUUACCCCAAGAUGUCCCUGAAGGAGGUGUCUGAGGCUGUGGAGAAAGGCUACCGCAUGGAGGCCCCUGAGGGCUGCCCAGGCCCAGUCCACGCCUUGAUGAGCAGCUGCUGGGAAGCUGAGCCCGCCCGCCGACCACCCUUCCGCAAACUGGCUGAGAAGCUGGCCCGGGAGCUGCGAAGCGCUGGCACCCCAGCUUCCAUGGGGGGACAGGAGGCCGAUGGCUCCACGUCACCCCGUGCCCAGGAGCCCUGA